CAUCGUCAGCAUCAGUUUGAAGUCAAAUCUGACAGCCGCUGCCUUGCCCGGUCCUUUUUCCGUCUCUCUCACUCUCCGGUGGUCAUCCCGGCUCGUUUACGAGUUGAGUCGGGACUGUGGGAGCGCGUCUGAUCGCUGUCUUCAACUUGGGGUGAAGAAAGACACGGGAAACUCCUCGGGAUUCUCCGUACACCGAGCUCUGAUCUGGAUAUUCUGUUUGACGUGUUGAAGUGCUUCUUAAGGAGAAUUCUGGGGAGAUUUCUUACUCUUUCAUUCCUCAAGGAUGAAGCAGCACAGUGGACCUGUGUACUGAAACAGCUCCCACUUUUAAACUUCAUGUUCCAGGAUGAACCAUGAGCAAAGGUUGUGAGGGCCUGUUUCUAUCGUCCUGUUGUGCAGUGAGGCAGUGAGCUCACGGUGGAUACAGCAUGCAUGUGUCGACAUAUCCCAUGAUGCACUGUGCCAGUCCAGGCCUGCUCCUCCUCAGCUUCCUCUUCCUCGCUGAUGCUGACUCACCCCCUAGGUUUACACGAACCCCAGAAGAUCAAACAGGAGUCCAGGGCGGCGUGGCCUCCUUUGUAUGCCAGGCCACUGGAGAUCCACAGCCCAAGAUUGUCUGGAACAAGAAAGGCAAAAAAGUCAGCAACCAGAGAUUUGAGGUAAUAGAGUUUGACGACGGGUCCGGCUCGGUCCUGAGGAUCCAGCCACUGAGGACCCCCAGGGACGAGGCUAUUUACGAAUGUCACGCCUCCAACUCUGCAGGAGAGAUCACUGCCUCCACCAGACUAAGUGUGCUACGAGAGGACCAGCUGCCCUCGGGGUUCCCCACCAUAGACAUGGGUCCCCAGCUGAAAGUGGUGGAGCGUUCUCGGACCGCCACCAUGCUCUGUGCUGCUAGCGGCAACCCUGACCCAGAAAUUACCUGGUUCAAGGAUUUCCUGCCGGUCAACACGUCCAAUAACAACGGACGAAUCAAGCAGCUCCGCUCAGAGUCCUUUGGUGGCACGCCCAUACGAGGUGCCCUCCAGAUAGAGAUGAGUGAGGAGUCAGACCAGGGGAAGUAUGAGUGUGUUGCCACCAACAGCGAUGGGACACGCUAUUCCACACCAGCUAACCUCUAUGUCAGAGAGCUGCGAGAAGUACGUCGUGUCCCCCCUCGCUUCUCUAUCCCCCCGGCAGACAGCGAGAUCAUGCCAGGGGGGAACGUCAACAUCACCUGCGUGGCUGUGGGCUCCCCUAUGCCAUACGUGAAGUGGAUGCUUGGAGCGGAAGACCUGACGCCCGAGGAUGACAUGCCCAUCGGCCGCAACGUCCUGGAACUGACUGACGUACGCCAGUCCAACAAUUACACGUGUGUCGCAAUGUCGACACUCGGCGUGAUUGAGGCUGUAGCACAGAUUAUUGUAAAAGCUCUGCCGAAGGCCCCUGGUACCCCUGUGGUGACGGAGAGAACUGCAACAAGCAUUACACUCACCUGGGAUUCUGGCAACCCUGAGCCAGUCUCCUACUAUAUCAUACAGCACCGUGCCAAAGGGUCAGAAGAUCCCUAUAAAGAGAUCGAUGGCAUCGCCACAACACGCUACAGUGUGGGCGGCCUCAGCCCAUAUUCCCACUACGACUUUCGGGUGGCGGCUGUUAACACCAUCGGUCAGGGCCCCUCCAGCGAGGUGGUGGAGGCCCGCACAGCCGAGCAAGCCCCCUCUUCGCCUCCUCGACAGGUCAGAGGUCGUAUGCUGAGCACCACAACAGCAAUCAUCCACUGGGAUGAACCAGAGGAACCUAACGGACAGGUGGUGGGCUACAGAGUCUACUACACCUCAGACAACACGCUGCCAGUCAACCAGUGGGAAAAGCAGAUGGUGCGAAGUGCCAACUUUAUCACCAUCCAGGGUUUGACUCCUAACAAGACGUAUUAUAUCAGAGUUCUUGCCUUCACGUCAGUAGGAGAUGGACCCCUGUCCCAGGACCUGCAGAUUAUAGCCAAGACUGGAGUUCCAUCACAACCUUCAGAAUUUAAGGGUGAGGCCAAAUCUGAGACUAGUAUCCUGUUGUCCUGGGUGGCCCCGCCCCAGGGUGGCCCCGACAACCAGAUCACAGGAUAUGAGCUGGUCUACCGACGAGCUGAUGACACAGAGGAGAAGAAAGUGAGCUUUGAGCCGACCACCUCCUACCUGCUGAAGAACCUGAAGCCUUUCUCCACCUACACCUUUCAGCUGGCUGCCAGGAGCAAGCACGGAAUCGGGGCAUAUACCAACGAAGUGUCCAUCGACACGCCGCAGACGCUUCCUUCAGCACCUCCCCAGGACAUCACAUGCACCAGUCCCAGUUCUACCAGCAUCCUGGUAAGUUGGGCUCCACCUCCUCUGGAGUUUCAGAACGGCAUCAUUACAGGAUACUCCAUCCAGUACGCCAACACCGAGGGCAUCAAAGUGUCUAAAAGAAUUGAUGGAAUUCCUCCGGAAAGUUCUCCGUAUCUACUGGAAAACCUGGAGAAAUGGACUGAGUAUGGCAUAACGAUACGGGCACAGACGGAAGCUGGGGAUGGACCGGAGAGUUUACAGCUGCUAAUCCGCACAGAGGAAGAUGUUCCAAGCGGUCCUCCGCGAGGGGUGGAGGCAGAGACUGUGAACGCCUCGGCCGUUAGGGUGAAAUGGCGAGCGCCGGCGCCUGAACGGCAGCACGGUCAGAUCCGAGGUUACCAAGUCCACUAUGUGAGGAUGAACUACGGAGAACCUCAGGGUCAGCCGUUCAUCAAGGACAUCCUCACAGAGGACUCUCAGUGGGAAAACAAUGACUCAGCUGAAUAUGAGGUGGUUCUUGGGGACCUGAAGGCAGACACUUCCUACUCUGUAUCAGUGGGGGCUUACACUGCCAAGGGCGAUGGUGCUCGCAGCAAACCGGUUACAGUCUGUAGCGCCCUGCCACUGCCUGAGAAGCCCAAACUGACGGUGACUGCCACUGAUUCAGGUACUGCUCUGCUUCAGUGGUACCCACCUCCCAACCCCCCCACCCCACUCCUGGGGUACCGCCUCACCUUUGGCCGCGUCGACGUCCUUCCCUUCACGGUGGUGGAGUUCCCCACCAAAGAGAACCGCUACACUGCUCAGGACAUCCACAAGGGAGCUAACUACGUGUUCAGACUCUCCUCCCGUAACAAAAUGGGCUACGGAGAGGAGGCUGUAAAGGAGGUGACUACUCCCGAAGACGCCCCAAGUGGAUACCCAGAAAAUAUUAUCUUAGAGGAGGCGUCUGCCACGUCCCUCCGGUUGGUGUGGAAAUCAGUCCCACUAAUUGAGCAAAAUGGGAAAAUUCUGAAGUACUCAGUCCUGUACAAGGACAUAAACAGCAGAGGGAAUGCCUCAGAAGUUGUGGUGCCCACUCCAGGGUCCAGUGUUUUGUUGGAGGGUCUGAGUGCAGAUACUGUGUACGAUGUCAGGUUGCGCGCAAACACAGCUGUCGGCCCUGGGCCGUACAGCCCCAGUGUCCAGUUUAGGACGCAGCGGCUAGACCAAGUUUUUGCCACCAACUUCAGAGUAAAGGCUGCCAUGAAGAACUCCGUUCUGCUGUCUUGGGAGAUCCGAGACAAGAACCCUGCCCAGCCGUUCACCAUCCUGUAUGGAAAGGGCCAGUCUGUGGAGGUGGAUGGAAAGCAGACUCAGAAGCUGAUCACGGGCCUCGAGCCAGACACCCAGUACUCCUUUCUGCUCACCAACCGGGCCAACAGUGCCGGGGGUCUGCAGCACCGCGUCACCGCCACCACCGCCCCUGACAUCCUAAAAAGCAAACCCACAAUAGUGGGAAAGACCAACGCAGACGGGAUGGUGACUGUGCAGCUACCGACUGUGCAGACCACAGCCAAAGUCAGGGGUUACUACAUCGUGGUGGUGCCACUGAAGAAGCAAAGAGUAGGAAAGUUCCAGAAUCCGUGGGAGGAGCCCGACCAGAUGAACCUGGAUGAGCUCCUGAAAGAGAUCAACAGGACCAGCGUGAGUCGUGCCCUCCGCAUCCGCAGACAGGCUGGCCAGUCAGAUCCUAAGGCCUAUGUCUCUGCUCACUUCAAGUUCCUCCCCAUGGAGUUCACACUAGGGGAUGGUCGAAACUACGGUGACUUCCACAACCGUCGUCUGCAGAACGGACAGGAGUAUGUUGUCUUCGUGCUUGCGCUGCUUGACCUCUCUGAGAAUACUAUGUACGCCACUAGUCCUUAUUCUGAUCCCGUGACCUCAUCGGAUGUCGAUCCUCAGCCAAUCGUCGACGAGGAAGAGGGUCUGCUGUGGGUGGUGGGGCCUGUGCUGGCUGUCAUCUUCAUCGUCUGCAUCGUCAUCGCCAUCCUCCUCUUCAAGAGCAAACCUGACAGGAAAAGGGCCGAGGCUGAAGGCAGGAAGGGCAGCUUCCCCUGCAGCAAAGCCAUGUCAUCUCACCAUCCCACUGAUCCUGUGGAGCUACGCAGAAUCAACUUCCAGACUCCAGCCUACCGUGUAUCAGUGUACCGCGGUUAUCGCCGUUUGUCAAGCAUGGCAAGUCACCCGCCCGUCCCCAUCUCUGAGCUGGCAGAUCACACUGAGCGCCUCAAGGCAAACGACAAUCUCAAGUUCUCUCAAGAGUACGAGUCCAUCGACCCCGGUCAGCAGUUCACAUGGGAGAACUCCAACUUGGAGGUCAACAAACCAAAGAACCGCUAUGCUAACGUCAUUGCCUAUGAUCACUCCAGGGUCAUACUCUCCAGCAUUGAGGGUGUCCCAGGCAGUGACUACAUCAACGCUAACUAUAUUGAUGGCUACCGCCGUCAGAAUGCCUAUAUCGCCACUCAGGGACCCCUCCCUGAGACUUUCGGGGAAUUCUGGAGGAUGGUUUGGGAGCAGCACACGGCCAACAUUAUCAUGAUGACCAAACUGGAAGAGAAGUCACGGAUGCCCUCUUAUUUCUUCUCUAAGGUGAAGUGCGAUCAGUACUGGCCAACACGGGGCACAGAGACCUACGGCCUCAUCCAGGUCACUCUGCUGGAUACAGUGGAGCUGGCCACCUACUCUGUCAGGACCUUCGCUCUCUACAAGAGUGGCUCCAAUGAAAAGCGUGAGGUUCGUCACUUCCAGUUCACCGCCUGGCCAGACCACGGGGUGCCUGAACACCCCACUCCCUUCCUGGCCUUCCUACGCAGGGUCAAGGCCUGCAACCCUCCAGACGCGGGUCCCAUGGCUGUCCAUUGCAGUGCCGGAGUGGGUCGCACAGGCUGCUUCAUUGUGAUCGACGCCAUGGCGGAGCGGAUCAAACACGAGAAGACCAUCGACAUCUACGGCCACGUCACGCUGAUGCGCUCCCAGAGGAACUACAUGGUCCAGACAGAGGACCAGUACAUCUUCAUUCAUGAUGCACUACUGGAGGCUGUGACCUGCGGGAACACCGAGGUCCCCGCAAGGAACCUGUACUCCUAUAUCCAGAGGCUGACGCAGAUUGAACCGGGGGAGAAUGUCACUGGCAUGGAGCUGGAGUUCAAGCGUCUGGCCAGUGCCAAGGCUCACACAUCACGGUUCGUGAGUGCCAACCUGCCAUGCAACAAGUUCAAGAACCGGCUGGUGAACAUCAUGCCCUAUGAGACCACGCGCGUGUGUCUGCAGCCAAUCAGAGGAGUGGAGGGGUCUGACUACAUCAACGCCAGCUUCAUUGAUGGAUACAGGCAGCAGAAGGCCUACAUAGCAACUCAAGGCCCGCUGGCUGAAACCACAGAGGACUACUGGAGGAUGCUGUGGGAACACAACUCCACCAUAGUUGUCAUGCUAACCAAACUGAGAGAAAUGGGACGGGAGAAGUGUCACCAGUACUGGCCUGCAGAGCGCUCAGCCAGGUACCAGUACUUUGUGGUGGAUCCCAUGGCUGAGUACAACAUGCCCCAGUACAUCCUCCGAGAAUUCAAAGUCACUGAUGCCAGGGACGGCCAGUCACGGACAGUUCGUCAGUUCCAGUUCACUGAUUGGCCAGAGCAAGGAGUGCCAAAGUCAGGGGAGGGAUUCAUUGAUUUCAUUGGCCAGGUGCACAAAACUAAAGAACAGUUUGGCCAGGAUGGGCCAAUUACUGUGCACUGCAGUGCUGGGGUAGGGAGGACUGGUGUGUUCAUCACCCUCAGCAUCGUGCUGGAGAGGAUGAGGUACGAGGGAGUGGUGGACAUCUUCCAGACUGUCAAGAUGCUGCGCACCCAGAGACCUGCCACCGUUCAGACAGAGGACCAGUACCAGUUCUGCUACCGGGCCAGUCUGGAGUAUCUGGGAAGCUUUGAUCACUAUGCAACAUAAACCCAAGUGGCCGUCUCUCAUGCCACAUCCCACCUAGUACACUUCUCUUGGGUCACAUGAGGCCUGAAUUAAUGCACUAGGCUGCGAUGUGUCCUUGAAGAUUUUUGCCGCCACAUGCAGAGUGAAGGGGGACCAUCGGCUUAACCCGUACCCAGAAACAGCACCUCUAACUGAGCCAUAGCAACCUGCUUGACAAGGGUGUUUCCUUCCACCCUCAGCCCAAACACACCCAUUGGUCAGUCUGAAGAAGCAACUUCAACCACUGGUCCAAUCAGAAUACUUGAUCAGAUAUUGAUUUUUUAUUCGUUUCAGUGCUUUUGUGAGCACCCAGAUUGCUUUACAUUGUUUGGGUGUGGAACUUCUCACCUCGUCCACCACCAGUGUAGCAUCACCAACCUAAAUACAGGACCCGGCUACAGUAUUUAGCUGUCACAGGAAAUUUAGAUUUUUUCUAUCGUGAGGACUGUCUAGAAGGAGUCUACAAAUCCAUCUUAUGGAAGCCUCGUGGACUGAAAGAACUGGGACUUUUGAGCACCAGGGAAUUGCCAACAGGAGACUGAAAACACAGAGCACACAGUAUUAAAAAGACAAAGAACACACAUCCCAAAAAAAGACACCAAGAAGUGUUUUUUUUUCUGUUAUUGUUUUGGAAACAGACUCUCGUUUCCUGUGAAUGAAAAAAAGAAGAUCUUUCUACCAUACAGUAAUAAAAACCACCAGUUCAACCUUAUGCUUCACGAUUUAAGAUAAGGGAAACUUGAGAGAGGUUUAAAAUGCAUACCACAAAGUAAAACAUUCAUUUAGUUUUUUAGAAAAAAAAAAUAGAUAUAUGACUAUCUUGUUUUUUAAA